GGUUCGGCGGCGGCCGGCGAUGGCACCACAACCACCAGCGGUACCAUGCACAACAACAACAACAACAACAGCAACGGCUCGAACGCUAACACUAGCAAGAAGAAUCUCCUGCAGCGGCGCGGCUCCAACACGAGCCUCACGCUGAAUCUCCGCUCCGGGGUCGGGGCGGGCGGUGGCACCGGGUCCACCUUCGGGCUGAACCGCUUCAGCAGCCAUAAUUCGCUCAACACGGGCAUGGCCGGUGCGCUUGGGGCGAGCAACAGCCAUCAGCACCACUCGCAGCAGCAGCAGCAGCAGUACCACCAGCAGCAGCACCAGCAGCACCAGCAACAGUUCCCGUCCUCGUCUAUGGUACGGUUGGCCGGUUCGCGCAAGAGUCUGCUCGAGCGGCGCAACUCGAACGCCAGCCUGACGCUGAUCAACGUCAACCAGCGCACGCUGUCCGUGUCGAACUGCAAUUUGCGCGGUUCGAUCUGCAGCCUGAACAGCCUGCUGACGACGCACACGCAGAACGAGCCGGGCCCGUCCGACAUGAUGCUGGAGGAGGACGAGCUGGACGGUAAUGGCGAUAACGAUCAUCAUCACUACCAUCACCACCAUCAUCAUCACAACCAUCACCAUCAUCAUCAUCACGGUCAGCAUGGUGGCCAUUCCGGGCCGCAUCAUGGCGGGCUGCACCGUGGGGGUGGUGAGGGUGAGCUGCGGCGGUUCGGAAGCAGUGUGGAUGCGCCCUUCACCGGAACCGAUGGCGCUGGAGUGCAGUCGGAGAUGGGCAGGGCGGGCUCGCGAUACAAUCAGGCGCACGAGCGCUCGGAGCAGCAACAUCAUCAGCAUCUUCAUCACGCCGUUGGUGGUGGUGGUGGUCAUCAUGAGGAGUCGCGCAGUGCCCGGCAGCGCAAGUUCCGCAGCUCGGACAGUCUGCACAACAUCAAUGUGCGCGAGCAGGGACUGCACGGUGGGCAUGGGGUGGCCGGUCCAUUGCAGAGCCGGCUGAUGGACGCGGACAGCAAGCUAAUGUCUGGCAGUGGCUAUCCGCAGUGCAGCUGCCAGUCGUCCUUCGAUGAGCGCCAUCAUUACGGAUCGUCGGAAAACUUUAAAGAGCACCAGAACAAACUGUCGAUCCAUCGGGGACUGUUCCAGAGGGACCCGGCCACCGUCACGUCCACCUCGUCGGCCAACAAUCUGUCCGCGCUUGGUACGGGCACGAUGUACAGUGGCUGCUGCUGCCCGUGCUGCUGCGGCUGCUGCGGCUGCUGUGGCGGCGUGGCCGGUAUCGGCAGCCACCUGGACGGCUGCUGCGGCGUGAGCGGCCCGCUGAAGGCGGGCGGCAACCUUAGCAGCAGCAACUCGAACGUGCGCAACAUCUCGACCAAACCGCUCAGCCCGCAGACGACGAGCGAGGAUUUCAAGAUCUACCUCGCCAACAUUCAGUUCCUGCAGAAUGCCUCGAACGUGCUGACGAUGGCGUACCUGCGCAAGCUGCACAACUUCUUUACCAAAACGUACCGCAAGAUGGUCGCGGCUACAGCUACGGCCGCCCAGGAAGCGUUCCAGCAGCAGCAGCAGAAGGAAGACGCGGCGCACAAGGGCCAGCGCGAGAGCACGAAAGCGGACGGGGAAGCGGCGACGACGGCCGGCACGAAGAUGAUGCUGCUGCACAGCGACAGCCUGCACCAUCCGCCGGUGUGCGACGACGAGUCGUACGAGGAGGAGCACAAGCGGAUGGUGCUGAAGAUCCAUCAGGAGUUUUGGGACCUGCCGACCAACUACCAGGAGAAGCCGCUGGUGUUCGGCUCGCAGGCAAAGAAUCGCUACAAAACCAUCCUGCCGAACGAGCAUUCACGCGUCAUACUCGAACCGGAACGGUCACCGGCGGCCGGGGGUGAACCGUACAUUAACGCGAACUACAUCAAGGGUCCCGAUUAUGCGAACAACAGCUACAUCGCUACACAGGGCCCCCUGCCGAACACGAUCUACGAGUUUUGGCUGAUGGUGUACCAGAACGUGGCCCGCACGGCCACGGUGGCGGGCCGAUCGUGUGCCAGCGCCGGGCUCGAGCAGAAGAUAGUGAUGCUGACGAACUUUGUCGAGAAUGGGCGGCAGAAGUGUGCGAUCUACUUUCCGCAGACGGCCGACGAGUGGGUCGCGUUUGGCAGCGGGGCCGAUAUCGAUGUCGGGGAGAUGUUGCGCGAAAAGGAUACGAUCACGGCGAGUAUUGCAGCAGCGGAACAGCAACCCGAAGGGCAGGAAGCUGUUGGCGGCGUUUGCCAACCGGUGACGGUGCGGGUCCCAUGCGCCAGCUGCUUCUUUCUCGUGCACAACGUCGCGGUGGAGCAGCGCAACGGGUACACCGUGCGGACGCUGAACGUGAUCUACGGUGCGAAGGUGAGCGACGCGGACGCACCGGACUGCGACGGAUCGCGGGCCCUGUUUGAGCUGACGCAGUUCCGAGCGCACCAUUACUGGUUUCCCGACUGGCCCGACCACCGUUCGCCGAAGGACAUUAACGUGCUGCUCGACCUGAGUCUGGACGUGCUCGGCUCGAACGUGGUCGAUACGCCGCGGCCGGAAAGCAGCAACUCGCUGAAAGGCAACCAGCCGGGCACGCCGGGCCUGGAGGAGGUAAUGGGUGCAGCGCAGCUCGCAGCACUCAGCUCCUCCUGCACACCGACCGUGCUGCCGAUCGUUCACUGUUCGGCCGGGAUCGGUCGUACCGGCUGCCUGAUAGCGAUACUGAACGGGCUGCGACAGCUGCGGCUGUCGGUGAUGGCGCACCAGCGCAAGCAGCAACAGCUGAAGCAAUCGCAGGCGCAGGCAGGGGAGACUGGCCAUGGUGAGCUGCAGACGGGCGGGAGCAAAUCGGCUGCCGACCGGAUGCAGGACGAGCUGGAGCAAUCGUUACCGCUGCCACCGGUACCCGGCAGCGGUCCGGAAGGCCGUCGGAAGUCGACCGUCCAAAUGGACGGUGCGACGCUGCUGGCACCGAAUGCUGCCGUUGGGCGAGGCUGUCAGCGCGAGGGUAGUGCGGCAGUGCGCGAGUCCGGCCAGGUAGACAUUUUGGGCAUCGUGUGCAACCUGCGGCUGCAGCGGGGCGGCAUGGUACAGAACUCCGAGCAGUACGAGCUGAUCCACCGGGCGCUCUGCCUGUAUCUGGAGAAGCUAACCCAGGAUGGACACAUUUAGGGAAAUGACAAGCUGUUGUUGUUGUAUAGGAGAGGGCCUGCGUCAGUGGGAAGCAGAACCACCAAGUGUGCAAGAAGAUACCAAAGAAUUACAAAGUCGACAAGGAUGGCAGGAAUCAAACAAUCAAACGAACGCGCGGGCGAUAUACAACAAAACAAUACGCUAAUACGCUAACACCCAGUGGCAGGGGGACGGGGUGAGCAAUCGUACAUGGUAGAUCUGACUAACUCUUAGUGGUAACGGUGGGGUAACAUGAUAAAAACAGCGGGUGACUAUCGUUUCGUGGGGAGGGCAGCAGGGCACGACCUUUAAAUGGAACCACGUAAUGGAAUUAUGAAUUCAAUGUGUGUUUGUCCUUACGAUGGAUGUGCAGGAGUUACAGGGGGGACAAGGCAGCAGCAGCAGCAGCAAGUAUUCUUAUUAUAUGGGAUUGAAUUAGUCACAACAGAAAAGCAAGUGGGUGAAGAUGAAACACGAUAACUUAAUACAUUAUACUAAACUGCAAACAUUAACAACACAAGGGAAAAAAUCAAAUGGUAGAAUCAUUGUACCGGACACAUCUGCUAAUAUAUAAAUGUAUGUACGUGUGUAGUGUCUAAUGGGGGUUUUUUGGGGAGGGAGGGGGAGUUUUAUGGGAUUGGUAUAAUGGGAUUUUACAAUACAUUUGAAGGAUGAGGGGGAAGGGGGUGGGGAAGAAACUCACACACACACAAUGCCGCAAACAGAGCCAAGAUCCCGCCCGCUCGGCCCCACCCACCCUCGGAAACACGAAUAUAUUGACGAAACAAACAGACAGACAAAAAAGGGAUAAAACAAGGGAAUACGCUAAGGGAAUGCGCUUUAUAUAUGUUUUAGUGUAAGCAACCGUAUGUUUGUAUGCAUGUGUAUGAGGGAGGGAGAGAGUGCGAGAGAAAGUGAUGAAAAGUAUAAUAUAGAUUAAUGGUAGGGACAACUAAAUUAUUGCAUAGAUGGAGCAUAUAUAUAUACAUAUACACACACCAAACAGCAACAAAUCCACAUAUACACACACACAUACCUUACAAACAUCCUUACAGGGGUUUGCAGGAGUUCUCAUAGUUGUGGGACACUUUACUGACUUUUUCUUACGUGAAAUGAACUUAAUGUAAUGGGAAUUGGACCCUAUAGCAUCCUCGUUGGACAAUUCCAAUAGGAAUUUCCAAGGAUCCUGUCCAAAAAGGGUGUCAUAGAGUGCAAAUUUCAACUUAUACAGUUCACUUCCCAUAGGAAAGAGUCAAGGAAGUGUCUCACAACUAUGAGAACCCCUGGAAAACCCUGUUCACUUAUGCCAAUGGAAGGACAACAAUUGUGGUGGUGUUUGUACCCUAGUAAAAAAAAUGGAAUAGUAUGGGAAAAGGCUGGACAUUUUUUUAUUAAUUUAAAUUUAACGGCAUAGAAUAAAUGUUUUUUAUUUGUAAAGUAGAAAACUUGCCCAGAAUCGGAACGUAUUAACUUAUGAGAAGAACAAGCAAACUAAACACUUGAUCAUAGAAAGCAAGAUGAGUAACAGAAAAAAACCGUUUGGCAAACAUUUGUAGUGUAGAACAAAAGGGGAAAAGGAAAACAAACAAACGGAUUAGAGUGUAUUUCGUAGCAAACUUAAUGACACGCUGCUGGCAGAUGAGGAGGAAACAGCCGAAUGAGAAAGAGCACAAAGCAAAGCCCAUUUACUGUGGAUCCAUUUUUUAGUGCGCGAGGAGCGUAACACCCCCUCGCAACCUCGUAGAUUGAAGUAUUUAAAAUAGAUAUUUUUAAACAAACAAACAAACAAACAAAAAUGCAACCUAACGCAGCACCCCAGCUGCUUCUUCACCACCUGUGUACCGGUAUUUUGUGAAAUGGGACAAUUUUAUCGCGAAAUUACACAAACACACGCGGCACUGUGCGUGCUUACCAGCCCCAGCCAAGCAUCCCGCGUCAUCCCACGUGCGCGGGCGGCAUUACAGUACAAUCGAACCGCAGCCUCCAGCCAGCCUCUGGACAGUCUCUGGUGUGCUCAAAGUAUGUUUUUUUUUUCUAUGUUAAAUUUGCAUAAGCGCGCAAUGUUACCACACAUACACACACACACCGGUAGUAGAGGAGGAUAAAAGCAGCAAAACCAAAAUGGCAAUUUAUGGCGCUGCACGUGGCGUAAGUGUUCCGUAGGCUUUUUGCGACCUUACUGCGCCGAAAGGUCGGUUUUGAUGCGUAGAGAGUUUUGAAGUGGCUUCACGCAGCAGGCCAAGAAGCUACUGCACCGCGCACAAAUCUUUUACGCGAACGCGCAUACGCGACACUGGGUGGUGUGGGGGGCAGAGGUACAACAGCGAUGAAACCAAAUGAAAAGAAGAAACACAGAGAAAAAAAAACACGAGCAAAACUGAAUUGCAAACUAAGAAUCAAUCAACCACAGAAAAUCAACCACAACCAACAAUAUGUGUGUGUAAAUAAAUGUGUGAAAAAAUA